CUCUUCCUCUCUUCCGCCGCUGCUCCGCUCGCUGCCUCCUGCACAGCCGCAGUCCACGGCGAUGCGCCGUUAACGGCAGAGCCGCUCCGCGCUCUUUUCUUUUCUUCCAUCAUCCCCGCAGCUUUCAGGCAAAGAGAGGAGCAUCCCCCUCCCCUUCACCCCCACCCCCACACCUCCUUCCACGGGCUGCGUGUCUGUCCGCCGCCGCUGCUGCACCACCAUCCUUAUCACUAACAUGGACAUACGAGGCUGCGCUUCUUCCAUCUAGACGGGAAGCCUCACCUCACAGAGUCAAGACGGGGGGCACAAUGAGUGAAGAGCCAGCGGUCACCCCCAGCUGGCUGACCCCUGACCCCACAGCAUGGGCCAGCGGAGGUGGGGGUCCAAUGGACAACAGCACCGGCCUGGGGACGUUUCCGCCGGAGGACUCCCUCCCGCCCAGCCAGCUGCCGCUGCUGGUCAACCCUUGGGACAUUGUGUUGUGCUCAUCUGGGACUCUUAUAGCCUGCGAGAACGCCCUGGUGGUCCUGGUGAUCUGGCAGAACCCGGCGCUCAGAGCCCCAAUGUUCCUGCUAAUUGGCAGCCUGGCGCUGGCUGACCUGCUGGCCGGCCUGGGCCUGGUGCUUCACUUCACCUGUGCCUACUUGCUUCGCUCCGAUUCGGCCCAGUUGCUGACUGUCGGCCUGGUGGUGGCCUCCUUCUCCGCCUCCGUCUUCAGCCUGCUGGCCAUCACCAUCGACCGCUACCUGUCGCUGUACUACGCCCUCACCUACAACUCUGAGCGGACAGCGGCCUUCACCUACACAAUGCUUGUGCUACUGUGGGGUCUUUCCUUGUGUCUGGGCCUGCUGCCGGUCACAGGGGUCAACUGCCUGGCGGAGGAGGCCACGUGCAGCGUGGUGCGUCCGUUGACAAAGAACAACAUCGCUGUGCUGUCCGUCUCCUUCCUGCUGCUCUUCGGCCUCAUGCUGCAACUCUACGUCCAGAUCUGCAAGAUCGUGAUGCGCCAUGCUCACCAGAUCGCCCUCCAGCACCACUUCCUGGCCGCCUCACCCCACUACGUCACAACACGGAAGGGCGUGUCGACGCUGGCCAUCAUCCUGGGCACCUUUGCUGCCUGCUGGAUGCCAUUCACUGUCUACUCUCUCAUCGCUGACUACACCUACCCUCCACUCUACACUUAUGCCACGCUGGUGCCUGCCACCUACAACUCCGUCAUCAACCCAGUCAUAUACGCCUUCAGGAACCAGGAGAUCCAGAAGGCGCUGUGGCUGGUGUGCUGCGGCUGUGUGCCUGCCAGUGUGGCCCAGCGGGCGAGGACCCCUAGUGACGUCUGACCAAGCAGACCCAGGCGGGAAGAGAGAGGCGCCCUGGGUCAGCUCUGCUCCUCACUGGAUGUGUCCGGUGUCACGGAGAGCAGCAGCAGCAGGGGAGAUCAGCGGCAGAGGGCUGUGGCUUCAGUUCUCACUGAAGGUGUUGCUGGCAGAGGCAGUUUGAUUACUUAUCCACAGCCCGCAUGGAUGGAUGGAUUUUUUUUUUCUUUCUUACACUCACCAUAGGGCAAGGUGUCUCACUGUCUUCCCCAGUAAAGGCCCCCUCCGUUCAAUCCGUGCCACGCCCUUCCUCUGUUCUGCAGAGAGCGCUGAAUGCAUCACAUGUUACAGGCAGCAGCUGUAUAUAGAAUGUGCAUAUAGUUAACAGCACGAGAGCUUUGGUCGACACGUGCUUGUUUUUCUUCACAUAGGGGAGGGAUUAUUAGUGUGCGCUCUCGCUCGAGCGUGCGUAAAAUGCGCGCGGCAGAUUUGACAAAGCAGUGUGUGCGGUGCGGUGCGGUGAGAUGAGAUGAGGGGAAGGGAGAGAGCGGCCGCGGCUGAGCACGCAGGCAUUUAUUUUUCCACAGUGAAAGCCCGUCUGGAGCAGCAUCCCGUCGCUCUGCUGCUGCACUCUGAACGUGCGUCGAAAGCUAAACAGCCGCGGAGAGCUAAAAAUAGACCCGGCGCUCUCUGAUCCGCGCCCUGCGUCCUCCACAGACGCCAAGAGAGAGAAAUCAAGCCGC